UACGCCUUCCUACGUAUAAAACAUCGCGAGCCUUUAUCUUGGGUGAAAAAGGUAGUAUUGAGAAUGGUGGUAGGUUGUUUCUCUCGAUGAGAAACAGGUGUGUUUAUUUUGGAAAUUAAAUUUUAAAAUGGUGACGGUCAAGACUGACGUGGAAGCUCCGGCGGUGAAGGAGGAGAUCCCUCAUGACCACCUCUUCAAGGUGACGGGAUUGUCUUCGACUAAUCUGGAGAAGUUGGCACAAGAGCCAUCAGACUUCGAAGCAGCGAUCGCAGCUACUGGCUUCGGGCGCUUCAACAUCUUCCUGAUGCUGUGCUCUCUCCCUGCCUUCUGGAGCGCCGUCUCCGUCACCAGCUCCGUGUCCUACAUCUUCACGAGGGCGCAGUGCGACAUGAGCCUCAGCCUGCUCGACAUGGGCACCAUCAAUGCUAUCACUUACGGAGGCAUGAUCUCAUCGGCCAUGGUGUGGGGCUUCCUGUCGGACACGCUGGGGCGGCGCCGCAUCAUGGCGUACGGGUUCUUCUGCUCGGGGCUGGUGGAGAUCGCGGCUGCCAUGAGCCAGAGCUUCAUCAUGCUGCUGCUGACGAGAUUCGCCAGUGGGUUUCUUUUCAACGGCCCCUUCGCGGUGCUCCUGUCCUACUUAGCAGAGCUCCACCGGACGGAGUUGCGCGCGCGCGUGAUCCUGCUCACCAGCCUGUUCUAUACUGUGGCCAACACCACGCUGCCCAUGCUGGCCUGGGCCAUCCUGACCAAGGACUGGCAGUUCCACAUCUAUGGGGAUACUAUUGUAAUCCACAGCUGGAACCUGUUCCUCUUCGCCACGGCGCUGGUGCCGCUCCUGACAGGGGUGGCCUUCCUCUGUCUGCCCGAGAGCCCCAAGUUCCUGAUGUCCAGGGGACGGAACGACGAGGCCAUGAAGAUCUUCAGGAAGAUCUACAGCAUGAACAUGGAUAAGCCUGCUGAAGAUUAUCCGAUUACUCAGCUAGUAGAAGAGAAGACGGAGGAGCAGGCGCGAGGAGUGGCAGCCCUGAGGGGAGGCGUGGAGCAGCUGCUGCCGCUGUUCAAGCCGCCGCACGCCAAGUGGCUGCUGCUCAUCUGCUUCAUACACUUGGGCUGUAUGUUCGGGUCCAACACGAUCCGCCUGUGGUACCCGCAACUAGCCGCCAUGAUCGGCUCGGAGACCAACGGCAGUCUGUGCUCCGCCAUCGCGCCGGGCCCGGUGCUGGUGGCUGAUGAAGCCUGCGUGCCCAUCGAGACCGACAUCCUGACGUAUCUACAGAGCGCCGUGGUGGGAGCUGGCUCCGUGCUGACGUAUGGAGUUGGUGGGGCGCUGAUUAACAGAUGCGGCAAGAAGGUAGUGGUAGGCGUGAGCGGCGUCAUCAGCGCGGGUCUGGUGGUGCUGCUGCCUCUCUUGGGUCACGACGCGAUGUCGGUGGCGGCGCUGGUGACGGCCGUGCUGGCGUUCACCUCGCUCUUCGGGGCUUCCAUGCACAGCGUCGCCGUCGACCUGUUCCCGACUUCACUAAGGGUGAUGGCUAUGGCCACCUUCCUGAUGAGCGGGCGGCUGGGCACCAUCGCGGGCACCGUCAUCUUCCCUGCGCUUGUCACCUACGGCUGCUGGCCGCCCUUCAUCACCAUCGCAGCAGUCUUGGGCGGUAAGCAGCAGUUUUAG